GGGCGGAGGGGGCGUGGUCUCGGGCGGAGGGGGCGUGGUCUCGCCCGCCGGCCCCGCCCCCCCGGCGCGCCUUAUUGACCACGGCGUGGCCGUGGCGGCCCCGGGGCCUCCCCGCUGGGCCCAGGAGGGGACGGCGGCCAUGGCAGCUCACCUCGGCACGGAGGAGGAGGGGACGGCGGCCAUGACACCACUGCCUCACCCUGGGGAGGAGGAGGAGGAGGAGGAGGAGAAGGAGGGGGACGGCGGCCAUGUCACCCUCGGUGUCCCACCACGAGGAGGAGGAGGGGCCGGCGGCCAUGGCGUCCCCAACGUGUCACCUGGGUGGCGAAGAGGAGGAGGCGGUGGUGACGGCGUCGCCCUCGGCGCCCCACCAUGGCCAAGACGAGGUGCCGAUGGCCGUGUCACCCCCCGCCGUGCCACCGUGGUGGCGAGGAGGAGGAGGAGGAGGAGGAGGGGACGGCGGGCACAUCACCCUUGGCGGCCCACCAUGAAGAGGAGGGUGGCGGCGGCGGCUGUGUCACCCUCGGUGUCCCACGGCGGCCAAGGCGAGGUGACGGCGGCCACGGCAGAGGUGACGCCCCGCCCCCGAGGAGGAGGAGGAGGAGGAGGAGGAGGAGGAGGAGGCGCCCACCGUGUCCCCCCCCGCCCCUGGAAGAGGAGGCACCGGUGGCCGGGUGGCGUGGCGGGGGGGGACGAGGAGGCGGCGGUGGCCCCGGUGGCAGCGUGGGGGGUGACGAGGACGUGACGGCGGCGGGCUGGCGGGGCCGGCGGAAGCACGUCUUCGUGCUGAGCGAAGCGGGGAAACCCAUCUACUCCCGGCACGGCAACGAGGAGGCCCUGGCGGCCACCAUGGGCGUCAUGAUGGCCCUGCUCUCCUUCAGCCAGAGCGGCGGCAACGCCAUCCGCGCCAUCUGCUCCGAGGACCGUACCCUGGUGUUCGAGCAGCGGGGCCCGUUGCUGCUGGUCUCGGUGUCCCGCACCCGUCAGUCGACCGCCCAGCUGCGCCGGGAGCUGGCCUUCCUCCACGACCAGAUCCUCAGCCUCCUCACCCGGGGGGGCAUCGCCCGCGUCUUCGCCCGCCGCCGGGGCUACGACCUCCGUCGCCUGCUAGCCGGGGCCGAAGCCGUCCUGGACCGCCUGCUGGCCGGGGCGGCGGCAGACGGCCGCUUGCUUUUAGGGGCGGCUCGUUGCCUGCCGUUACCCGCCGGCCUCCGCCGGGGCGUCUCGGCCGCCCUCCGCCGCGCCGCCGCCGCCGCCGCCGUGCCGGCCCCCGCCGUGGCUUUGCUGGCGGCCGGCGGCCGCUUGGUGACGGCGGCCCGGCAGCGGGCCAUGGCGGAAGGCGGGGGGCUGCGAGCCAGCGACCUCCACCUCCUCCUCAACCUUUUGGGGAGCGGGGCGGGGGGCGGGGCGAGGUGUGGACCCCCCGUUUGCCUGCCCCGCUUCAACCCCGACGGUUAUUUCUACGCCUACGCCGCCGCCCUGGGGGAGGACGGGGACGACGGCGGCGGCGGCGGCGGGGUGACGCUCAUCCUGCUGUCGACGGAGCGGGAAGGCUUCUACGCGGCGGCCGGCUGCCGGCGGCGGCUGGAGGAGACGCUGCGGGCGCAGGGCUGGUUGGGGGAGCUGGGGGCGGCGGCGCGGGGGGGGACGGGCUACGGCCCCGCUCGUCCCGGCGCCCCCGAGCUCCGGCAUUUUCUCUACAAGCCUUUGGAAGGGCCGGAGGAGAUGCAGCAGCUGCCGCAGUUCACCAGCCCCGAGCUGGAGGAGCCCUACGCCAGCGAGGAGGAGCAGCAGCGGCUCUUCGACCUCUACCACUACCUGCACAGCCGCGUGCACAGCCCCCACCGGCCCCUGCGCCUCCUCUACCACGUGGCCGAGAAGGAGACGCUGUUGGCCUGGGUGACCAGCAAGUUCGAGCUGUACGGCUGCUUCAGCCCGCUGGUGACGAAGGCGGGGGCCAUCGGGGUGCUGACCAAGCUGCUGCGCUGGCUGAAGAAGGAGGAGGACUGGCUCUUCAUCCGCUACCCGCCCCCCCUACCCCGCCGGGGCCGAGGGAUGAGCCCCAAUAAAGCAGGAGGAGAAACGAGUCCCUGUCUUGGGGGGGGUGUGACGUCAUGGGGUGAUGUCGUGGGGUGA